AUGUUAUUCCCUGUUACAGAUCCUAUAAAUAUCAUCAAUAUUCAAUGCAAAACUCAUCCUAUUAUUUAUCAAAAUCAUCCUAAGGGAUGGAAAUGGUUUUACCAGCUGAAUUACGAAGAUUGUAAUAGGUAUUUCGAUAUUGUCAGCAAAAAUGAUACUGAAAUUGCAAAAAUGUGGCAUAAUGGCGAAUUUUUCUUUAGAAUGGAUAUACCUGGAAACAGAAUUUUUUAUUCUAUAGUAUAUGUAGCUGUUUUUAACUACGCAUAUCUAUCUCGUGAGCCAGCUACUCUUGACUAUGGACUCAAAUUGUACGUUGAUAAGCAACACGGCGAAUAUAAGCAGAAGAAAACUGUUGGCGAGUACAAUAUAGGCGUUUACGUUAUUGAUUUAUUUGAAAUGUUUGGACAUUUAAUUCAUGAUUUUUUAUGCGGUUUAAUGUACAUACCAAAAGAAGUAAUUGAUCAAGGUGUAGUUAUGCUUGCCCCUACUGUAGGAAAAUGUCUUGGCCAAAUGUGGCUUGAUGCUAUUGGUUACGGUAAUAAAAUUAAAUUAUUGACUCUUAAGCAAGACGAGCAAGUUUUAGUACACAAGUUAUACUAUGUAUCUACACUUAUUUUUGGUCAUGGUUGCACUAUUGGCGGUUUUAGGCGUCUUCGAAAUUUAAUUUUUGAUAAGUAUAAAUUAGAUCAAAUUAAACCUACAAAAUUCCAAAUAAUUAAUAGAAUUGGAAAAGAGAGAUUGAUACAUAAUGUUGAUGAACUUUUGGGAAAUUUGACGUUAUAUUGUAAAAUAGAUGAAGGUGAGAAGUGGAUCUAUACAUAUCCGAACUCAACAGACAUUAAAGAUGUUGCUAAAUUAUGGUCAGGCACAAAACUUCUUAUUGCACCUGCCGGAUCUGGAAUUUACAACUCCGUUUUCAUGGCUCCGCGAACAGGAAUGGUAAUAAUGAUGACACACAGAAUUGACAUGCCUAAUUUCCAUCUCGCCUUGGCAGGUGAGUUCUACAUGAUUGGAGUCGGACAUAAAAAGAUGGGAUUCAGAUUUACAGAAUAUAUUCCAUGUUACGCGAAACUCAUGGCAGAAAUGGCUCAAAGAGUUCUAGAUUGCAUGAAAGUUGGUAAGUACACUAACUUAGAAGGUCUUUCGGAUCCCUACAGUGGUUACGCUUCACCUUAUGGAGAAAUUGAAGAUUAUAUAUAG